CUAAUUUCCUGAUAUUAUUAUUCAGGAACGUACAUUUUUAAUUAUCCCGCGAUUAUUAUAUUAGCAGCGGCAUUCACAAGUUUUUUACAGUUACAGUUUCGUGCACAGCCCUAAAGAAUUGGUCCAACAUGUUAAUUGCUUUAUCAACUGGACUUUUAAAAAUUUCCAUCUAUUUAAUUUUAUUUACGGUCCUUUAUAAUGUGUUUAUUAUCGUUUGGAAGUUUAGGCAGGUUAAGUUCGCUUGGAAGUCGAGUAUGUUUUUUUUGCCAUUGAUUCCUUUUGUUGGGACGGCAUACAUUGCUUGUUUCACUAAGACAAAACUAAGCAUGAUAGAUAUGGUAAUAUGGUGCGAGAAGCAUUUUAAAGGAUUGCCGGCCAAUUUUUGGUUUGGAUUGAAUUAUCACUAUGUAACCAAUAACGCGGAAGUUGCACGAGUGCUUUUGAAUCAUCCUAAAUGCCUUAAUAAGGCUCAAGUGUACGAUAGCGUGCAGUCGUGUUUAAGGAACUCUUUACCAACUAUUCCAGCUGAACAUUGGAAACCGAGACGUCGCCACCUGCGAGCAGCAUUUACAACGAACAUGAUUCGGUCCAUUUAUCCAACCUUUCAUGAACAAAGUUGCAUUUUAUUGGACAGAGUGAAAACGUUUAAGCCGGAGGACAGCCUGUACGACUUCUUUAAUAAAUACGUCUUUAAGAUUUUCUUUUUAUCUUCCUUUGGGAUAAGCGAUUCAAGUGAAAACCAUAAAAUAGAAGACAUUGCCGUUUCAUUUGACCAAAUCCAGGACGAGUUCGUCAAAUUAUUCGUCAAUCCAGUAAUUCCUGCUGAUAUUUGGAAAAAGUUACCGUUUGGAGCCAAGAUGAGGGAAUUGGAAGAUAUAAUAAGAGGAAAUCUAAUAGAGCACUUGCUAGAACAUAAAAAACAACGUAACCAAGACACCGUAUAUCUGGACGAUGAAAAAGAAACGACCUUAGUAGCCCUUUUACUUGAUGACGGUUAUAAAAAAGAAUCAGAUUCGGACUUAUAUAAUGAGUUACUUUUAUUUGCUUUCGCCGCCACUGAUACCACUGGACACACGUUGGCCUUUGCUUUUGCUAUGUUAGCAAUAUAUCCAGAAAUACAAAACAAAGCAUACGAAGAGAUUAUGUCAGUGAUAGGAGAUAGAAACGUUGAAUGGGCCGAUGUUCAAAACCUCAAGUACAUAGAUGCCAUACUGUGUGAAACUUUACGUUUGAUGCCAACAAUACCGUUAUUUGGACGAUAUUGUAGUGAGGACGUUGAAGUAGGUGAUAUGGUUAUACCCAAGGGAUCAAACGUAAUUUUAUGCGCAUUUAAAAUACAAAGAAACCCCGAAUAUUGGGAGGAUCCGCUUAAAUUCGACCCGAGCAGGUUUUUCCCCGAAAAUAUGUCAAAGAUCGUACCGGGAUCUUACCUGCCCUUUUCUAUAGGAGCCAGGAACUGUAUAGGUCAAACCAUGGCCAUGACCAUACUGAAAUUGACGAUAGCAAGUGUACUUCGGUCAUUUAGUAUGAGAUCGACACAUAAGUCAGUUGAAGAUCUUAGAUUUGAAUCGUGCCUUUCUAUGAAAACCAGUCAUCCUCUCUCUUGUGAGUUUAUUCCGAGGGCAAAGACCAAGUAAAAGACUAUUUUUUUUAAUGAACUGUACUGAAUGUCACGUGUUUAAUAAAAAUUGUGAUUAAAUAUA